GGCGAGGUGCGCAUUUCAUAUUUGAUUGCCUGUACAAACGCCACCUGUACGGAGCAAGGUACAGUAGGCUACGAACCAUCACACUUUGGAUUUACAACUGGAAACAGACCAUGAUGACAAUGGACCCGUUGAAAUCGGCCAUGUCCAUCGGGAAUGUGGAGGAGACAUCUCUUGCUUUGCCAUCCGAUAACAAACUUCGGUCCAAACAGCAGCGGGUCUUGGAUCAGGUGCAAACCAUCAAGAGGGGCAAGUCGAAGUACAGUAAAAAUGGAACUUUAUCGUCGCCAACGAAAUCACCAACAAGUAAGCAUCAUUAUUAAAAUAAAAUCAUAUUCAGUUAUUUGUAUGCUAUUUUAUUUGACCUAAAGCCUAAUCAGGUUAUGGUUUAAUAUGGUUUGACUCACCCCCAUCCGAUUUGCAUUGUUGUUAAUGAUUUAUUCAUUAGUAAAUGAAUAACCCCAUACAUUAGAUAUCAGCAACUCCACUGUUGUAAAGUCUGUUAAGUAAACAAAGUGCAACAUGUGUUAUUUUAAUAUCAAGUAAACAUAGGCUAAGGGACAGUCCAUGAUCUCAUAAUUAUGUUUAGGCCUAUUGAUGCCCAAAAUAUACAUUUGUUUGUCACCACUCAGUCCUGUUCUAAAUGUUCAAAACCAAAUGUAAUCAACUGCCAUAACGAGGUUAGAAUCAUUAGACAAACAGGACUUAUCAGUUGGUUAUCCACCACUCUGGUAAAAAAUAAUGUAGGUAAUAAGAAGCCUACAUUGGAAAUCUUACUCAAUUGUGUUUCUCAUACACCACCGUUCAAAAGUUUGGGGUCACUUCGAAAUGUCCUUGUUUUCGAAAGAAAAUUGAUUUUUUGGUCCAUUAAAAUAACAUCAAAUUGAUCAGAAAUACAGUGUAGACAUUGUUAACGUUGUAAAUGGCUAUUGUAGCUGGAAACGGCUGAUUUUUAAUGGAACAUCUACAUAGGCGUACAGAGGCCCAUUAUCAGCAACCAUCAGUCCUGUGUUCCAAUGGCACGUUGUGUUUUCUAAUCCAAGUUUAUCAUUUUAAAAGGCUAAUUGAUUAUUAGAAAACCCUUUUGCAACUAUGCUAGCACAGCUGAAAACUAUUGUGCUGAUUAAAUAAGCAAUAGAACUGGCCUUCUUGAGACUAGUUGAGUAUCUGGAGCAUCAGCAAUUGUGGGUUCGAUUACAGGCUCAAAAUGGCAACAAACAAAUAACUUUCUUCUGAAACUCGUCAGUCUAUUCUUGUUCUGAGAAAUGAAGGCUAUUCCAUGCGAGAAAUUGCCAAGAAACUGAAGAUCUCGUACAACGCUGUGUACUACUCCCUUCACAGAACAGCGCAAACUGGCUCUAACCAGAAUAGAAAGAGGAGUGGGAGGCCACGGUGCACAACUGAGCAAGAGGACAAAUACAUUAGAGUGUCUAGUUUGAGAAACAGACACCUCACAGGUCCUCAACUGGCAGCUUCAUUAAAUAGUACCCGCAAAACACCAAUCUCAACGUCAACAGUGAAGAGGCGACUCCGGGAUGCUGACCUUCUAGGCAGAGUUGCAAAGAAAAAGCCAUAUCUCAGACUGGCCAAUAAAAAUAAAAGAUUAAGAUGGGCAAAAGAACACAGACACUGGACAGAGGAAGAUUGGAAAAAGUGUUAUGGACAGACAAAUCGAAGUUUGAGGUGUUAGGAUCACAAAGAAUAACAUUUAUGAGACGCAGACCAAAUGAAAAGAUGCUGGAGGAGUGCUUGAUGCCAUCUGUCAAGCAUGGUGGAGGCAAUGUGAUAUGUGAUGGCCUAGAUCCUGGUUCGAAUCCAGGCUCUGUCGCAGCCGGCCGUGACCGGGAGACUCAUGGGCGGCGCACAAUUGGCCCAGCAUCGUCCAGGGUAGGGGAGGGAAUGGCCGGCAGGGAUGUAGCUCAGUUGAUAGAGCAUGGCGUUUGCAACGCCAGGGUUGUGGGUUCGAUUCCCACGGGGGGUCAGUAUAAAAAAAAAAAAAUAUGUAUUCACUAACUGUAAGUCGCUCUGGAUAAGAGCGUCUGCUAAAUGACUAAAAUGUAAAUGAUGGUCUGCGUUUGCUUCGGUGGUGGUAAAGUGGGAGAUUUGUACAGGGUAAAAGGGAUCUUGAAGAAGGAAGGCUAUCACUCCAUUUUGCAACGCCAUGCCAUACCCUGUGGACGGCACUUGAUUGGAGCCAAUUUCCUACUACAACAGGACAAUGACCCAAAGCACAGCUCCAAACUAUGCAAUAACUAUUUAGGGAAGAAGCAGUCAGCUGGUAUUCUGUCUAUAAUGGAGUGGCCAGCACAGUCACCGGAUCUCAACCCUAUUGAGCUGUUGUGGGAGCAGCUUGACCGUAUGGUACGUAAGAAGUGCCCAUCAAGCCAAUCCAACUUGUGGGAGGUGCUUCAGGAAGCAUGGGGUGUAAUCUCUUCAGAUUACCUCAACAAAUUGACAAUUAGAAUGUCAAAGGUCUGCAAGGCUGUAAUUGCUGCAAAUUGAGGAUUUCUUGACAAAAGCUUUGAAGGACACAACUAUUAGUUUGAAGGACACAACUAUUAUUUAAAUUAAAAAUCAUUAUUUCUAACCUUGUCAAUGACUACAUUUCCUAUUCAUUUUGCUAUAUUUCCUAUUCAAACUCAUUUCAUGUAUGUUUUCAUGGAAAACAAGGACAUUUCUAAGUGACCCCAAACAUUUGAACGGUAGUCUACGUAAUAAGUAGCCUACAUUGAAAAAACAAUACCCACCAGAGCUCUCACAAUAAAACAACAUUCAAGAAAGCAGGUUCAGGACAAUUAUGUAUAAACAUACAACAAAUAAGCAAUUAUACGACUGAAGUAUUAUAGCUAAAGGAUUUUACAUGACAUUUUAGCCAUGUAGCAGACACUUAUAAAGGGCGACAAUACAUAUUUCAAUACAAUGCAUAGUUCCCAUUUCAUCAUCUAAAAACUACAUAAAACACUGUGGAUUACAUGACAAUGACGUUAAAAGUACAUUACCAAUCAAUUGAUCUUGUCAAAACAUCAAAUAGGUAGAAUACUUAGUUGUCAGGCUCAUAUGGAACAUAUUCGACUACCCAUUUUGCCCCUCCAAAGCAAAACACAUUUGAUGUUUAAAUAUUAGUCUAUUGAUGCACCCGUGCAUCAAUCUAAGUAACAUACAAAAAAAAUCCCUGUAAAAAUCAGUCAAUUUAAACUAGAGAUAUCCGUUUUUUUUCCUUGGCUAUCUCGGCCUUCCGCAUCUGCAGUGGAAUGUGGCCGAGCUACAGCGGUGUUUGUCAGAUCAUGAGACAGUCCGAAAAUUGGUCUUCUCAUGAAAACGUCUCUAGCAUCCGAACAUUUUAGCCUACAAACUAAUAUGACCCCACUAUGGAAAGGGGAGACUCUCACGAAGAGCGUCACACUAGUGUCACGGAACUCAUAUAACCCAUGCAAAUGAAUGGAAGUAUGGAGGUAUUUUUGGGUUAAAUAAAAAACAAAAAUAUUUCCUGAGUUUUCUUAUAUCUCCUAGAUAUAGGACAGACACUUCAAAACCUUAUUCCUUAUGAUUUAUUUUUUGACUGUCUUUUUUGCCUCUUAUAAAUAUGUUAUUUCAAGCGUUUCUAUGGGAUAUAGUAGUAAAGACCAAAUUCAAUAUUUUAUAAAAUAUGUUUUUAUAUACCUAAAGGCGUCCUAAAAUUCAAAAUCAAAUAGCUAAAUGAUCCAUGGUAUGACCAUCUUAAAACAAUUCCAUAUGUUAGCUUAGUAGAACCCACCCCCGAACGGCUUUUAGAGGUUAACAGUUGACACACAUCACACAGGCAAUCAAAGAUUUCACAUGUAUUAACAUGAAUCAUUACGGCUUGGAGACUUGCUUCUUGCCCUCUAUUCAAUCACAUCAAAAAAAGCAUUGAAUAGUGUACUUUUUCUCACACCCAAUAUUUUACAGCGCUAUCUCAUAUUAAAAAAGAUUUUAAGAGCCCAUUACGAUCUCUCAUUCUCUCUACAGGUCCUAUGUACACCAGCGUAUUCACUGACUCCAUUAAGUCACCUACCAGUCCCAGUGCCUUCUCGAAUGGUACAAAUGGCCUCUCAAAAAUGGUAUGAAGCUUUUCAUUUUUACAUCACAUAGCCUUUUCCUCUACAUACGGAGAUAGAAAACAUUGCCCCAUGUUUUUGAUAACUGUGCUAGAUUUAUCAGUUGUAUUUAGUAGUAUACCGUUUAGAGACUAUAGUGAGCAUCAGUGGUGAUCUCAUACAAUUAUUUUCCUAAUGAGUGAUGGCUUUUAAUAUGAAAGCAAUGCCAUGGUGAUAGGGUAGUACGUCUGAGACUAAUCUCGGAACCCAGAACUAUAUCCACUGUGACCAGCUACUAGAUUUAUGUGAACAUUCUGUCACACAUGUGGUCCUCUGUAGCUCAGCUGGUAGAGCACGGCGCUUGUAACGCCAAGGUAGUGGGUUCGAUCCCCAGGACCACCCAUACACAAAAAUGUAUGCACGCAUGACUGUAAGUCGCUUUGGAUAAAAGCGUCUGCUAAAUGGAAUGUUAUUAUUAUUAUUAUUAUUAGAGUAGUCAGGUAGAGGCAGGUGUUGGAGAUGACUGACUAACCACAGGACUGUGAGUCAACAUGUGAGUUUCUGCCCAGUCACCAGAAGUCUGGGGAAUGUUGCUCUUUCCAAGCAGCGCUUCCUCCAGCACAACUCCAGAGAGGGGUAUCCUCUCAUAGUGGCAUCUGACUCAUUGUUGUAACACACCCCUCUGUCUUAAUCAUGUACUUUCACAUAGAUGAGGCAUUAUGAGCACUCGGAACUGAAAUCUGGUCCAAGCCAAGUUUCCAACCAGCUCUGGAGUUCCUCAUUCUUGUAUAUGAACAAAGACGGAAAUAAACCUAGAUUGACACUGAACAUAUGAUGUAGAUUACACUGUAGGUUAUUGUCACACAGUACUUACUAUUUUGUCAUACAUUACUUACAUGUAUGAUACCUCAUACAACUCAGUCAGUGAAAAAAACAGGCAUUUAACAAAAUGUUCUGUUUGGAUACAGUGUGUUCCGGCCUGUCCUCUCCUGUCAUGACAAUACCUCUAGCUGUUUAUGUAACAUAAAUCAUAUUCUGGAGAGGUGCACACUACAAAUAUUGUAUGAUUUUUCUGUUUCCCACUGCCCUCUGCCAAUUAGACAAGUCAAUAGUUAUCAAUAACAAUAGAUUGAUUAAAUGCAGUACAUUUUUACAUUUUAGUCAUUUAGCGGACGCUCUUAUCCAGAGCGACUUGCAGUUAGUGAGUGCAUACAUUUUUCAUACUGGCCCCCCGUGGGAAACGAACCCACAACCCUGGCGUUGCAAGCGCCAUGCUCUACCAACUGAGCUACAGGGGACUACAGUACACAAUAUUUAUCUUCACUCACAGUGGGCCUUGUGUAUUAAGAUUUUGGAAUGAAGUUGAAACUGCUACAUUUACAUUUUAGUCAUUUAGCAGAUGCUCUUAUCCAGAGCAAUUAGGGUUAAGUGUCUUGCUCAAGGGCACAUCAAUAGAUGUAUUUAUUAUUCACCUCAGGGAGGUGGAUUCAAACCAGUGACCUUUUGGUUACUGGCCAAAAGCUCUUAACCGCUAGGCUACCUGCCGCCCGGUGCUGGUGAAAGCGUUGCAAUAUUCCUGAUUCCAAAGUGUCUGCUAGCAUUUACUAAAAUGAUUUUGUCCUGCAGCUCAGCCACGAGCAGAGCACCAAGCAAAGGGUACUGUCCUUCAAGGGAUCUACAGCCCAGAGAAAAAUGAGCAGCUCCAGCCAGUGGGAGAGACGAUUACCUCUCAGCCCCACCGUAGCCAGGGGUCAGCGCAACAGCAGCCGCAGUGUGCCUGACCUGGACCCCUUCCACACCACUACACAGCGUCCUGCCCUGGCUCCGGCCCCCACCCGGCAGCUCCAAUCCAACAGGUCCAGCUUCUUCCUUACUGAGAGGGGCAACAGCCAGUUCAUCUCCAACUGCAACGGCCCCUCUCAGGUCAUCGUCAACGGCAACGGGGUGCAGAAAAGGCAGAGCCAGUGGAUUGGUACGCCUCAGACGAAAAGCAGCAGCCAAGCUCGUAUUGAGAGGGCACCCUGGAACCCCUCCAUGGCUGAGCCCAAGAUAUCAGUGGUCGAGAGCAAGAUUGAAGCAGGGUGAGUGGAAUGAGUGAAUGUGAGAUAUUGUGUAAAUGCUGCUUUGGGGUUUGAUGAUGAGUUGCCUUUCAAAUGUUUCUGAACAGCUGUUGAUACACUAUAUAUACAACAGUAUGUGGACACCCCUUCAAAUUAGUGGAUUUGGCUAUUUCAGCCACACCCAUUGCUGACAGGUGUAUAAAAUCACGCACACAGCAAUGCAAUCUCCAUAGACAAACAUUGGCAGUAGAAUGGCCUUAUUGAAGAGCUCAUUGACUUUCAACGUGGCACCGUCAUAGGAUGCCAACUUUCCAACAAGUCAGUUCAUCAAAUUUCUGCCCUGCUAGAGCUGCCCCGGUCAACUGUAAGAGCUGUUACUGUGAAGUGGAAACGUCUAGGAGCAACUACGGCUCAGCUGCAACGUGGUAGGCCACACAAGUUCACAGAACGGGACCACCAAGUGCUGGAGCGUGUAGAACGUAAAAAUCGUCUGUUCCCAGUUGCAAAACUCGAGUUCCAAACUACAACGUAAGCACAAUAACUGUUCGUCGGGAGCAUCAUGAAAUGGGUUUCCAUGGCCAAGCAGCCGCACACAAACCUAAGAUCACAAUGCGCAAUGCCAAGCAUUGGCUGGAGGAGUGUAAAGCUCACCACCAUUGUUCUCUGGAGUGAUGAAUCACAUUUCACCAUCAGGCAGUCAGACGGACGAAUCUGGGUUUGGCAGAUGCCAGGAGAACGCUACCUGCCCCAAUGCAUAGUGCCAGCUGUAAAGUUUGGUGGAGGAUGAAUAAUGGUCUGGGGCUGUUUUUCAUGGUUUGGGCUAGGCCCCUUAGUUCCAGUGAAGGAAAAUCUUAACGCUACAGCAUACAAUUACAUUCUAGAUGAUUCUGUGCUUCCAACUUUUUGGGGAAGGCCCUUUCCUAUUUCAGCAUGACAAUGCCCCAGUGCACAAAGCGAGAUCCAUACAGAAAUGGUUUGUCGAGAUCGGUGUGGAAGAACUUGACUGGCCUGCACAGAGCCCUGACCUCAAUCCCAUCGAACACCUUUGGGUUGAAUUGGAACGCCGACUGCGAGCCAGGCCUAAUCGCCCAACAUCAGUGCCCGACCUCACUAAUGCAGGUAGCGUUCUCCUGGCAUCCGCCAAACCCAGAUUAAUCCGUUGGAAUGGAAGCAAGUCCCCGCAGCAAUGUUCCAACAUAUAGUGGAAAGCCUUCCCAGAAGAGUGGAGGCUGUUAUAGCAGCAAGGGGGGGACCAUCUCCAUAUUAAUGCCCAUGAUUUUGGAAUGAGAUGUUUUACGAGCAGGUGUCCACAUACUUUUGGUCAUGUAGUGUACCUAUAUGGGGUUUCCCAACAGGAUGAAUGAUAAUGGUCAGCUCGCUGAUAUUACCAUGGCGGAGGCAGUGCAGUACCUGUCCAGUGGAGAUGAGAACUACCAGCACUGUGGCGCCUCAUUCAUCCAACACUCUACCUACUCAGAGGACAAGGCCAAGCAGGAGGUGAGGACACAGAUGUGGGUCUCUAGGACCCGGACUAAACAACACUGUCCUGUUAGGACGUCUAACAGCUUUACCUGUCUCUCAGGUGUUGCGGCUCAAAGGGAUCCCUCCUCUGGUGAACCUGCUGAGGAGUCCCAGUAACCAGGUCCAACAGACAGCCUCGGCCGCCCUGCGGAACCUGGCCUUUAAAGACGCGGGCAACAAGGAGGAGGUCCAGCGCUGUGGGGGCAUCACUGAGGCCUUGGCCCUGCUCCGAGACACAGACUCUACCGAGACACAGAAACAACUCACAGGUACGGAUGACUAUUCUAUUUCUAUACACAACACUUCUCUGUCUAGUGACAUCAUAGACAGUUGACAGUUGGCAGACAUGUGCACCAGUGUGUGAAUGCAAGCGGGUAUGAAAGGGAAACACGCUUGUGUUGCUUUCUGAUGCCAAAAUGUGCAUAUUGAAAUUAAAGGGGCAAUCUGCAGUUUCUACAUCCAUUUUUGGACUUAUAAAUUAAUGUUAUACCAUUGAUUCUUGAAGAAUAUAACUUAUAAAUGCGUCAUUAGCUUGGUUCAACUGUCGUACUGCAUCAUAACCCAAAAUUCACGCUUGUUUUACUCCAGUGUUUGUAAAUAAAGUAAACAAGCACUAUAUAGCCUCAAAACAUGGUUAAAACUAUCAGUCCUUGCAUACAUAGAUCUGUCUAUUAUUUUGAGAGUUAUAUUUUCCCAGCCCAUCCCUCUGCUUUUUACCGAAACAGGGGCGGGGAGUGCACUUUGUUAUUGUUUCAACUGCUCAUUUCUGCUUUAAGUGCAUUCAUGCCUUAAAGCACAGGGAAAGACUCACUAAACCCUGUCACCUUAAUCCUAAUCAGUUCAUGCUGUCAGUCACACAAAUGUUCAAUGGUGCUGUGUUGUGCCAGGGGAACUUGAAAUGUGCGAGGACUCACAGUAGGCUGUUCUAGAGGAUAGAGCAGCCUACUCUCACUAUUGUUUUGUCUUCCUGAGGCCGUGCUCAAUCAAUUGGCUCUAAUGUUAUCAAAUAUUUACCCUGGUUCUUGAUUAGCAACAGUACGUAGCUACAGUGUCUGUGCUGUACAGGGAUGUAGAGAAGUGAAGCACUGAAACACCUCAUAUAGCUUGUCAACCCUGGUCCUGGAGACUCACAGGGAUUGCGGGCUUUUAUUCCCUCUCCUAGUUAUGCUUUGGGAAGUACUUGCCAUGCCCGUGUCAUGGCAGUUUGAUCAAUGUGCACUGUGUGGCUAUCCAGUAUUGCUUUUGUUGACAUUUUUGUUUUUGAGUUGAGCUGGCUGAGAUCAAUGAUCAUGUCACAGUAGUAGCAUUAGCAGGCGUCAGUUAUUUGAACAACUGUUGUUUCAACUGCCACUGGAGUCAUUAGUUAAUAACUUUGUCCUGUCGCUCCAGGCCUUCUUUGGAACCUGUCGUCUGCAGACAGUCUGAAGCCAGAGCUGGUGCGUAGCGCUCUGCCUGUUCUGACUGAGACUGUGGUAGUACCUUACACAGGAGGAGCAGAUGAGACCAACAACAACGUGGACCCGGAGGUCUUCUACCAUGCUACAGCAUGUCUACGGUGAGACACAUCAAUAAGCACUGUAGACCAGGGGUGCACACUGCACAGAUGUACUGCAUACUAGCAGUUAGCCCGGAGGUCAGAAAGACAGACAUAUAGGAGUACCAUCUAUCCACUGCUGUUGCGCCUUUGAGCAAGGUAACCAAAAUUGCUCCAGGGGCACUGCACUGACUGAACCUGUAGCCUAUUCUAGACAACUUGUCGGUUUCUGUCUCAGAGGAUUGGGUGAAUGGCAGAAUACAAACUCCUUCUGUCACAAAUGGAUGAUAAAGUACUGUUUUGUUCUAAUCUGUCAGACUACACAAUGCUGACCUGCCUUUACCUGAUGCAUGACAAGACCAGUUUAACUUCAUUUUCCCCGACUUUUCCAACAGAAAUCUGAGCUGUGCAAAGCAAAGCAACAGGCAGGCCAUGCGUAACUGUCAAGGCCUCAUCGACUCUCUGGGCAGUUACGUCCAGGAUUGUGUGGCUGCAGAGAGGCCAGAUGACAAGGUGGGCAUUCAACAUGAAAUAUCUUCAAAUAACAUUGAAACAAGUGAGGAUGCAUUCAUGGAAUGCCAUUCUUCAGAAUUCCAAAUAAUAGAAAAUCAAGUUCUAUCUGCAUGUGAAAAUAUAAUGGGAUACAGCUCCAUUGCUUACAUUUUUUACACUUUUUAACUUGGUGUUUGAAGAAUCUUACUAUGGACAUGUGUAUGGUAUGGUAGGUACAGAUUAAUGCCAAAUGAACCAAACCAUUUAUUUUGCCUCUGUCUGUGCCAGUCUGUGGAGAACUGUGUCUGUGUCCUGCACAACCUGAGCUUCCAGCUGGAGAGUGAGAACCCGGCCCUGUUCAGCCGGAUCACUGCCCUGGCCGGGACCACCAGCAGGGCCAACGCCCCCACUGAGACCGGCCCCAUUGGCUGCUUCAGCCCACAGAGCAGCAAGGUCCAGGAGCAGGAGGUGAGACAGGCAUAUAGGUCUAAGGAGGUCCAGGGAGAGAGGAGAGAGAUGGGUGGAUACUGUACAUAGAUACACUAUGACAUCAUAAUGUACAGUGAGGGAAAAAAGUAUUUGAUCCCCUGCUGAUUUUGUACGUUUGCCCACUGACAAAGAAAUGAUCAGUCUAUAAUUUUAAUGGUAGGUUUAUUUGAACAGUGAGAGACAGAAUAACAACAAAAAAAUCCAGAAAAACGCAUGUCAAAAAUGUUAUAAAUUGAUUAGCAUUUUAAUGAGGGAAAUAAUUAUUUGACCCCCUCUCAAUCAGAAAGAUUUCUGGCUCCCAGGUGUCUUUUAUACAGGUAACGAGCAGAGAUUAGGAGCACACUCUUAAAGGGAGUGCUCCAAAUCUCAGCUUGUUACCUGUAUAAAAGACACCUGUCCACAGAAGCAAUCAAUCAAUCAGAUUCCAAACUCUCCACCAUGGCCAAGACCAAAGAGCUCUCCAAGGAUGUCAGGGACAAGAUUGUAGACCUACACAAGGCUGGAAUGGGCUACAAGACCAUCGCCAAGCAGCUUGGUGAGAAGGUGACAACAAAGUUGGUGCGAUUAUUCGCAAAUGGAAGAAACACAAAAUAACUUUCAAUCUCCCUUGGCCUGGGGCUCCAUGCAAGAUCUCACCUCGUGGAGUUGCAAUGAUCAUGAGAACGGUGAGGAAUCAGCCCAGAACUACACGGGAGGAUCUUGUCAAUGAUCUCAAGGCAGCUGGGACCAUAGUCACCAAGAAAACAAUUGGUAACACACUAUGCCGUGAAGGACUGAAAUCCUGCAGCGCCCGCAAGGACCCCUGCUCAAGAAAGCACAUAAACAGGGCCGUCUGAAGUUUGCCAAUGAACAUCUGAUGAUUCAGAGGAGAACUGGGUGAAAGUGUUGUGGUCAGAUGAGACCAAAAUGGAGCUCUUUGGCAUCAACUCAACUCGCCGUGUUUGGAGGAGGAAGAAUGCUGCCUAUGACCCCAAGAACACCAUCCCCCCGUCAAACAUGGAGGUGGAAACAUUAUACUUUGGGGGUGUUUUUCUGCUAAGGGGACAGGACAACUUCACCGCAUCAAAGGGACGAUGGACGGGGCCAUGUACCGUCAAAUCUUGGGUGAGAACCUCCUUCCCUCAGCCAGGGCAUUGAAAAUGAGUCGUGGAUGGGUAUUCCAGCAUGACAAUGACCCAAAACACACGGCCAAGGCAACAAAGGAGUGGCUCAAGAAGAAGCACAUUAAGGUCCUGGAGUGGCCUAGCCAGUCUCCAGACUUUAAUCCCAUAGAAAAUCUGUGGAGGGAGCUGAAGGUUCGAGUUGCCAAACGUCAGCCUUGAAACCUUAAUGACUUGGAGAAGAUCUGCAAAGAGGAGUGGGACAAAAUCCCUCCUGAGAUGUGUGCAAACCUGGUGGCCAACUACAAGAAACAUCUGACCUCUGUGAUUGCCAACAAGGGUUUUGCCACCAAGUACUAAGUCAUGUUUUGCAGAGGGGUCAAAUACUUAUUUCCCUCAUUAAAAUGCAAAUCAAUUUAUAACAUUUUUGACAUGCGUUUUUCUGGAUUUUUUUGUUGUUAUUCUGUCUCUCACUGUUCAAAUAAACCUACCAUUAAAAUUAUAGACUGAUCAUUUCUUUGUCAGUGGGCAAACGUACAAAAUCUGCAGGCGAUCAAAUACUUUUUUCUCUCACUGUACUGCACAGUAUUGAAUGUUUUAAAACACUUACAAUAAUUACACAUAGCAAUUUUGUGUAGAUCAACUGCCAUCAUAGAUUUGAAAAAAUAUGCACCUAAAAAAAAAUCUGAUGAUUGAUAAUAACUUUCACCCCUGUAGAGUCACUUUGACUACCCUGUGUUGGAGCAGCAAUACCCUACAGGAGCAGGCUGGCUCUUCCACUCCAAGACCAUGCAGAGUUACCUGUCUCUGCUGGGGUCCAGCCAGAGAGAAGACACCCUGGAGGCCUGCUGUGGAGCCCUGCAGAACCUCACCGCUAACCAAGGCAUUGUACGAACAACACAGCAUUUUGACUAUUUAUUUCAUUAUUUAUUUUCACACAAAAAUUAUUUUAAAUGCACAAAAUGUAUAGAGAAAAACAUGUACCAAAUGUGUGUAGAAAAACAACAAUUAAAAUCAUGGUCCCACUUAACCCUUCAUAGAUCCGUUAUAAGACCUUAAUCUCUGUGUUCACAGGUUUCUAGUGUGAUGAGCCAGAGCAUAGUACAGAAGCUGAACGGCCUGCCUCACAUCUCUCCCCUGCUGCAGUCCUCCAACUCCAGCCUCCAGAAGACUGCUGUGGCUCUGGUGGGAAAUCUGGCCAAGAACCAACGCCUUCAGAGCAUCAUGGGUGAGCAUGGACACCAAUCUUAACCCCGUUCAUAGCGAAAUGGAUGGAACCUAGAAUGUUAGGCUACCUUGUUUCAAUAAUGGUGUAGUUUGCGUUGAGAACAACACUUCAUAGAGUGCGUUGGCAGGAGGUUAAUUACCUAAUGGUAUGUGUCUUGAAGCCCGACAGACCCUCCCAGAGCUGGUUGGCAUCGUCAGCUCAUGGACCAAGGAAGGGACAGAGUCUGACGACACUCUGGCCAUGGUGUGCCAAACCAGCCACAGCCUUCUGAUGAAGGAGCCUGAGCUGGGGAAACGCCUACUGAGCAACAACCUGGUCAACUCACUCAACGACCUGAGCAAGAACAAGUAAGGCCUGCUCAUUAUGUUUUAUUACAAAAAAGUACAAAAUCUGCUCUAUGUUAAGAAAACAUUUGGAAAAUUUAACAAUUGUGGGCAGCCUCUUUGGGGCCUUUCCAAAGAAGCCAGAUAACAGAGCUUUGACUUUGAGGGUAAUGGCUCAGAAUACUAAAGCCUUACAGGGAUUGUUUUUUUCCCUUAGUAGGCUUUUCCCAAAGGCCAGCAAAGCUGCAGGUGUGCUCCUCUACAGCCUCUGGUCAGAGAAGGACAUACAGAGUUUCCUAAAAAAGGUAGGAAUUUAGAGCCGAUAUUUCAAACAAAUUCUGUCAUAGUAAUAUGGGAUAUCCCUGUUGCAGAUAUUUUCCUUUUUUUCGACUAUGCAUUUUAUCUAUCAGUUUACGCUUCAAUGCAUUUGAAAAAUGACAGCGAAGACAACGUUAUUAGGUUGCAGAGUUUUUGCAAUGGAGGCAAUAGCUCUUGUAGGAAAGGAGGAUCCGAAUAGGCUGGCUCAGUCAGAACAAAGACAGGUAUCUUUAUGAUCAUUCAUCACCCCUUCCUUCCCCAGAGGAGGAUGACUCAGUGUGUCUGGCUGAUGUUGUCUCUACUUGCUGUUUCUAUAGCUGUAGAGAUCCCUGGUAUCUGUCUAUACUGGGCGAAGUGUGCUAUUUGUUUCCUCAGUAGUAAGAACCUAGUCCACGCCCCGGUCAGGUAUUUGUUUACAACAGUGGAGGAUGGAGGGAGGGAUUAUGUUCUGUCUGGUGGGAGAAUACAGUAUACAGUACACCUGAACAAUGGUAUGUACACAGGAGCUGUAGUGCUGCUGCAAUGGUACAGCCAAGGAAUCUAAGGAUACAGGUUCACACGACUGUGUUAGACUCUUAUCUGUACACGCAGGACAUCUUAUCCCUUGUCUUUUAAUGCUUACCUGAUACUGAACAUAGUUUUGUCUAGAUCUCUUCCCUCAGUUACUUGACAUUUCAGUUUCACUUAGUGAGAAACAUGCUGUAAGCUAGGAACUGUUACCAUGACAUUAUUUAGGAAAACAAUCAGUAUCAAGGGGUGGAUUCUAAUGUCUAUUUCAUAAUUUGUCCUACAGCAAGGGAUGAAUAAGGGUUCCUUUGUGAACGACAUCACCAGCGUGGCUCACAGGUCUGUGCAGGUCAUUGAGUAACAAGAAGACAGCUGGCAUGGAUCUCACAUCACCUCCUCCCAAUGUACUUAUGAACUAUACACCUACUACAGUACAUGUAAGUCGCUCUGGAUAAGAGCAUCUGCUAAAUGACUUAAAUGUAAAUUUAAAAAUGUCAGACUAAGUCCAGUUAAUAUGGUUACUAAUGUUUACUUUAGAUUUCAAAACACCUUAUAGUUAGUCAGAUUGUCUAUCUGUUAUGUUAAGUUGUGUUAUCCAUCUUAAGUCAGUAUAAAGGUUUGUAAUCUUGUAUUUCUGGGGGUUUUCUGGGCUCUUUUGUGUUUACU